AUGAUUGCUUUGGGGUUAGAAGGUAGCGCCAACAAGAUCGGCAUUGGGGUCAUAUCUCAUCCAGCGCCCAACAAGCCUCCAGUCAUCUUGUCAAACCUGCGACACACAUACAUCUCCCCGCCAGGCGAGGGCUUCCUGCCCAAGGACACAGCGCUGCACCAUCGAGCAUGGGUCGUCCGGCUGAUCAAGCAGGCUGUGCAGCAAGCUGGUAUCAAGAUUGAGGACAUCGAUUGCAUAUGCUACACCAAAGGGCCGGGAAUGGGCGCACCACUUCAGAGUGUUGCGCUCGCGGCGCGGACCAUCAGCUUGCUCUGGAACAAGCCUAUGGUCGGCGUGAAUCACUGCGUUGGCCACAUCGAAAUGGGCCGUUCCAUCACACGCGCCGACAAUCCAGUCGUCCUCUACGUUUCUGGCGGCAACACGCAAGUCAUCGCCUACUCCGCGCAACGCUAUCGCAUUUUCGGCGAAACGCUCGACAUUGCAAUAGGCAAUUGCAUAGACCGCUUUGCGCGCACACUCAUGAUUCCGAACAACCCGUUCCCCGGCUACAACGUCGAGCAACUGGCGAAGAGUGGAAAGAACCUUAUAGAUUUGCCCUAUGGCGUGAAGGGCAUGGAUGCCAGUUUCUCGGGAAUCCUGGCGGCGGCUGAUCUCCUGGCCCGAGGCUUAGACGAGACGCUACCCAGCGAGAGACGGCUCAGAACUGAUGAUGGAGCCCUUGUGACUAGAGAGGACAUGUGCUUUUCGCUGCAAGAGACCAUCUUCGCUAUGUUGGUCGAGAUAACAGAACGCGCAAUGGCACACGUUGGUUCGCAGCAAGUCUUGAUUGUUGGAGGCGUGGGCUCGAACGAGCGGCUUCAACAAAUGAUGGGCAUGAUGGCGCGAGAUCGAGGGGGAAGCGUGUUCGCUACAGACGAGCGGUUCUGUAUUGAUAAUGGCAUUAUGAUUGCGCACGCUGGGCUGCUGGAGUACUCAACAGGAGUCAUCACAGGCCUGGAGGAUACAACAUGCACCCAGAGGUUCAGGACGGACGAGGUCUUUGUCGGGUGGCGGAAGGAUUGA